CGGUGCUUCGCCUCUCCCCAUCGGUUUGAACAAGUCCUCUCGAAGCUCGCCUGGGCGGGGUCUCGCCGAAGCUCGCCAUGACGGGCGCGCGGCAUACCCGCGUCUUCUUCCGGUGGCACGGCACUGGGGUGAGCGCGCACGAGGAGGUGAAGGUGAUCGGCAGCUGCGAUGAGCUGGGCGGCUGGGACCCCUCGAGCGCCAUCCCCUUGUCCCCGGUGCAAGAGGUGGAGGAUUGCUGGUGGACGGAGAACGGCAUUCGGAUUCAGCUGAAGGAGAAGUUCGAGUAUCGUUACGCCAUCUUCGCCGGGGAUGACUUCCUGCGCUACGCCGUGGAGCACGAGGAGGCGCACUGCGCCGUCGCCACAGGCCGCAGCUUGGUGCUCGAGGACGACGGCGGGCGGUGCCGUGCCACCGGAGAUGACGAGGUCGCGCAGGUCCGCGCUCCUUCGCCCUCACCCUCGCCCUCGCGGCAAAUCUCAGGGCAGGCGCAGAGCCCCACCCAUUCCCCGCGCACGUCGCCGCGGAUGGGCAUCCGCAGCAAGAGCAUGGACCUCACGCAGCUCUGUGACGUCACCAGCGAAGACAAGGCCUUCUUGGUCUUCCGGAGCCUUCCCGUGGUGGUCACUCGGAAGGAGAGCGGGGAGUGGCAGGUGGACAAGAUCAGCCACGGCGCCGGCACUGCGCUGCCGCUGCUGAAGCACUUCACGCAGACGGGGCUGGCUCCGGGGGAGGCCAUCAACGUGCAAGUGAAGUUCAUCGGCCACCCAGGCGUAUGCGUCACGGAUCCGGCCGAGAGGAAGCAGCUCUCCGAGCUCUUGGCCAACCACUCCUGCAUCCCGGUUUACAUGGAUGAGGAGCUGGUGCACAAGCACAACGUCUUUUCAGAAGACUACCUUUGGCCGGUCUUCCACAACAUGAAGAUUUUCGACUCCACCAUCACAGGUGACGCUGGCAUGGAGUCCUUCGACAAGGCGCUCUGGAAGAACUUCCUGGCGCUGAACAACGCCUACGCGGAGGUGAUCACCACCCACGGGGACGAGGAUACGCUGGUGUGGAUCCACGACUACGAGCUGGUGAUGGUGCCCCGCUUCGUGUACCAUCGGAACCCGGAGUUCACCACGGGGCUCUUCAUGCACUGCGCCUUCCCCAGCACCGAGGUGAUGAGUUGCCUCCCGGUGCGCGAGGAGAUCCUGCAGGGCAUGCUCAGCUCCAGGCUGGUGACGUUCCAAACCUUCGACUACUUAAGGCACUUCAUGUCCUGCUGCGCCGAAGUCUUGGGGUCCCGGCACUCCUUCCAGAAGGGCGGCAUCCUCCAGGUGGAGCACGACACGCGCAGUGUGGUGGUCUUCGCGGAUCAUUUCGCCAUCCCCUACAAGCACUUGGUGAAGAAGCUCACAGACGACAAGGUGGUGGAGAGAUGCAACGCCAUCCGGAGCAAGUUCAAAGGCAAGACCAUCAUCGGCUCCUAUGAUCGCUUCGACUGCUUCAGCGGGUUGCCCUUGAAGCUGCGGAUCUUUCACCGAUUCCUCUCGGAGUACAGCUCCUACAGGCAGCGCGUGGUCUUGGUGCAGUACAUCCGCGCGCGCUUUUCGGACUCCGGGCGCCAGGGAAUGGUGGGCCUCGAGGAGCUGCAAAAGAUGGCCGAUGAGACCAACAAAGCCUUCGGCAGGAAUGGCCAGCCGGUCGUGGAGAUUGUGGUGGAGGACACCAGCCGGGAGAAGCAGCUGGGCGUGCUUUCGGCCACUGACAUCUUGCUGGACACCUCCACCAACGACGGGCUCAACCUCAUCCCCUUCAACUUCUAUGCCGCCCACUCCCAGGACCACAAAGGGGUGGCGCUCAUCAGCGAGUUCUGCGGCUGCUCCUCGGUGCUCACAGGCGCUUUCAAGAUCAACCCUUGGAACGCCACCAGCGUGCUGGCGGCCCUGGACCAAGCGCUCUGCAUCUCCCCCGAGAACCAGGCGGAGCGCUUCGUCAAGGACCACUCCUAUGUCUCCUCGCAGACACUGGUGCAGUGGGUGCACAAGAACCUCUCGGAGCUGAAGGUCACCCGCAACUCCUCGGCCAUGGCGGUGCGCAACUCCUCAGGACCACCUCACAUCCACACGGAAGAGGUGUUGAGCGCUUACCGGAGCGCCAAGAAGCGCGUGAUCUUCCUGGACAACGAAGGAACCAUCGCUGCCAAAGCGCGAUGGCAGAUCCAGUCCGGGAACUUGGCGCUGCAGAAGCAGGGCCAGCCCCCGGACCCCCACGUGCUGGACCUGCUGCAGACCUUGGUCAACGACCGCUGCAACACCGUGGUGAUCCUGAGUGGCCGCACCAAAGAUACCAUGGAGUCCUGGUUCAGCACGGUGGAGGGCCUGGGCCUCUGCGCGGAGCACGGCUUCCACCGCCUGCUGCCGCGGACGCUGCGGGACUCGGAGGACCGCGGCUGGAGGGCAGCGGCGAUGAUGGACGACAACCAAGAGUGGAAGACGUUGGCCACGGAGCUGAUCCAGCAGUACGUGCGCCGCAUCCAGGGCUCCAUCCUGGAAGCCAAGGCCUGCGCCAUCUCCUGGAAUUAUCGGGAGGUGGGCGCGGCCGGGAUCAUCGACGACGUGGCGCUGGAGCUGAUGCGGUUCCUGGACCCCGCGAACCCCCAGGGCCUGCUGCACGGCUAUCCGGUGAAGGUGAUGAUGGGCAAGGGCUAUGUCGAGGUGAAGCGAGCAGACAUCGACAAGGGCGCCGCCGUCAUCAAGACCCUGGAGGCGGUCGGGGCGGUGGACUUUGUGCUCUGCGUGGGCGACGACCGGUCCGACGAGGACAUGUUCCAAGCCAUCACCGAGUACUUCCAACGGCCGCCCAAGGAGCCCUCCCUGGCGAGCGCCUUGUCCCAGUCCCAGGCCUCCAUCAAGAAGAGCAUGCAAGGGUCCAUGGCAUCGAUGGAGGGCUUCGAUGUCUCGCCGUCCUCCGCAGCGUCCCCCAAGGCCAAUGCGGAGAGAAAGUCCACAGCGCCCAGCCGGAGCGUGGCCUUCACUGACGAUAGUGUUGACAUGCCGGCCACCGCGGCGUCGCCCUCGCCGGUGGACCGAACUGUCCGGGCCCAUGCCACGCAAGUCUUCACCGCGACGGUGGGGAGGAAACCGACACAGGCGAAGUACUUCUUCGCAGACAUCCACGAGGUGUCCACGUGUCUCAAGAAGUUGGCUACGCAGGCAAUUGUGGGCUCCUUCUCGCGCUUCGCGUCCAUGCCGGACAUCAACAUGCAGGUUGAGCUUCAGAGUGGUUCGGAAGGAGAAGGGGAGGACUUCAAGCUGGGGCGAUCCACCACUGCCAGCAGCUUCCUGAAGAAGCCGCUGGGCCAAGUCUGAGCAGCUCGCUAGGGCUGGAAGGAGGGAUGAGUCGAGCCGCCGA